AUGGCUGCGCCAAAGAACUUGUCUGGCACGAAGAAGACAGCGACCACUGCUUCCAAAACUGCUUCCAGAGCAUCAUUUGCAUCUCAGACUGCAGGUUCAGAAAACAAAAAUACUCGCACAAGCAAGCGCAAGGCUGAGGAGCUGGGAUCCUCUUCUGCGGUCACCAAGUCGCGCAAGUUCAACUCCUCCAAAGCUGCAUCUAAAUCCACAACCCGCGCCCCAAAACCCAAGCUGAUUCUCAACCAUCGCGCCACUGAUACCUUGAAUGUGUACGUCUUCGGGUCGGGCGAUUCAGGCGUACUCGGACUCGGGCCCAAAUGCUCCACCGAUGAUGUUGUGAGGCCUCGUUUGAACCCAAACCUCUCUACAUCGUUCGUCGGGGUUGUCCAAAUGGCAACAGGUGGCAUGCAUUGUGUAGCUCUCACGAACGAAAACAAGAUCCUUACGUGGGGAGUCAAUGACCACGGUGCUUUGGGAAGAGACACGGAAUGGGGCGGCGGCUGGAAGGACAUGGACGGCGGAGACCACGACCAAGAUAGCGACAAUUCAGAGAGCGAGCUCAACCCAAAAGAAUCAUCGCCAACCGCAAUCGACAGUUCCUGCUUCCCAGCCAACACAGUGUUCACGCAAGUUGCUGCUGGUGACAAUGCAACCUUUGCUCUUACUGAGGAAGGUCUGGUUUAUGGCUGGGGAACCUUCAAGACAAGCGACGGCGCUUUACAUUUCUCUGCAGACAUGGCAGUCCAGAACCGACCAACCCUCAUAUCUGGCCUGCGAAACAUCACGAAGAUCGCUGCUGGAAGUAACCAUGCACUCGCCCUUGAUCACAAGGGUUGCGUUUUCGCCUGGGGAUUUGGUGAGCAAUGCCAGUUGGGCCGUCGCAUCAAUGCUCGCUUCCAACAGAGUGGACUUGUCCCCGCAACCUUUGGCUUGCCAAAAGACGUCAUGGACAUUGGCGCUGGUGCGGACCACUCAUUCGCCAUCCAUCGAAACGGCACCGUAUACGGCUGGGGAGCAAACAACUACUGCCAAACUGGCAUUGAUGAACGCGACGGAGAGGACUUCGCCAACAUUCUGCGUCCGCAGUCGAUCGAUGGUCUGACAGGCCACGGGAAAGUCACCAGCAUCAGUGGUGGAAAUCAUCACAGUGUCGCGGUCACAGACGGUGGUGCAUGCCUGACGUGGGGUCGUGUUGACACAAACGCCCUCGGCCUGAGCGUUGACAGCCUUGCUGAACACGACAUCAUACGUGAUGCGCAAAAGAAGCCAAGAAUACUCAAGAAUGCGACCCAGGUACCUGGUAUCAAUGCUGUCCACGCCGCCGCGGGUUCCGAUCACUGCGUUGCGGUGACUCAUGAAGGCAAAGCGUACAGUUGGGGUUUUGGUGUGAGCGGCCAGCUGGGCCUGGGAGGUACGGAUGAUGUCGGGCUGGCGACCCUCAUCGAGAACAAGGCUGUCAAGGACAAGAAGUUGGUUUGGGCUGGCGCUGGCGGACAGUACAGCGUCCUGACCGGGAAGGAGUGA